AUGGCUUCUACUAGAUUAUUAUCGAUUAACCGAUAUAUACCGACACUUAAAGGUUUUAGAAAUUUCAUGAUGGACUCUACUGCAAUUAUCCCUGAAAUAAAAGGCGCCGAUUAUGAAAACAACAAAUUGGAUCCGUUUAGGGGCGUUGUAGCUUCGAUGGUAGCUGAUUUUUUUGGAAAAACACCAGAGCAAGUUUUUGGGAUACUUGAAGUUCCUAGAAGCCCAGAACUUGUUGGUUACAUAACACUUGCCGUUCCUAGGCUACGGGUUCAGGGUAAUCCGGUGCAAUUGGCUCAACAAUGGGUAGAAAAGUUCGUUCCUAAUGAAUAUAUAAUAGACGUUUCACAAGCUAGUCAUUACUUAAACUUCAAAUAUAAUCAUCCUUUACUUACAAAAACACUUCUUAAGCAUAUAUAUGAAAAGAAGGAUACAUAUGGUACAAAUCAAUCGGGUGCUGGUAAAACUUGCCUUAUUGAUUUUAGCAGUCCAAACAUGGCAAAGCCAUUCCACGCUGGUCAUUUACGUAGUACAAUUAUUGGAAACUUUGUUAGAAAUGUACAUGCAGCGAACGGUUGGAAAACCAUCGGCAUGAAUUAUCUUGGUGAUUGGGGUAAACAGUAUGCUAUUGGAUUUGAGAAAUAUGGAUCUGAAGAAGAAUUACUUAAACAUCCUAUCAAACAUUUAUAUGACGUGUACGUCAAAAUUAAUGCUGACAUCGAUAAAGAUUCCAAUGUAGAUGAUCAAGCUCGUGCUUAUUUCAAAAAAAUGGAAACUG